ACAAACCAAGUCGGACUUAUUAUGGCGCUGCAACGGCCAAAGUGGACUUUCCAAUGAUAUGGAAAUGACGGUGGAAUGAUCAUGAUCACGCGCCGCGUAUGUUAACCGAGUGGGAUAGUAUUUUAUUUAUCACGUUUUAAGUCGUUAUCAUGCAUUGGUCGAAAGCCCAUUAUGUCUGAAGAGGCGCUUUUUACGGGGAGAGCCGGACAAUCGGUCGCAAUCGAGAGUAGAAGCAGAAGUCGACUGGGUCUUGUCGUAACGGGUUUGGUCGGGGGCUCGCUUGUUGCCCUCUACGCUGUGGCUACGCCGUUUGUGGCCCCCGCAUUGAGGAAAAUUUGCCUCCCGUUUGUCCCCGCGACCACCGCGCAGGUGGAGAAUGUUCUCAAUGCACUGCGAGCCAGGUCUGGGACCCUGGUAGAUAUUGGAAGUGGAGAUGGGAGAAUAGUGAUAGCUGCAGCAAGGCACGGCUUUCUGGCGUCAGGCUUUGAGUUGAACCCCUGGCUGGUGUGGUAUUCCCGCUACAAAGCCUGGCGCGAGGGAGUCCACCGCUCCACUUCCUUCCACAUCUCUGACUUAUGGAAGGUCAGCUUUGCGCAGUACUCCAACGUUGUUAUUUUUGGCGUCCCUCAAAUGAUGGACAAAUUGGAGCUGAAGCUGGAAAGCGAGUUACCAAGCUCCGCGAAGGUGGUCGCCUGCCGAUUCCCCUUUCCCAACUGGGUUCCCGAGCAUAUCGCAGGGGAGGGUGUUGACACCGUGUGGGUGUACAACGCCGAAUCAUUUAAAUCACUCCAGCACUGUGGCGCGGUGAAGAAGACAACCUCGGAAAACGCGGACACUGCAGAAUCAAAUCUGUAAAGGGAGAUGCGGUGACCUGGUCGGCAAACUAUCGGAAGAUCGCCAAACGCUGCUUCCUUGAGAUAGAUCAUUAUUUUAAAAGUUAUUUCACUGGAAUGGAAGAAAGAUAAAAAAAAAAAAAAAAAAGACCAGUGCUCAUACAUAUAACCAUUAAGACACAUUCAUUCUACUAGUGCUCUGUAGAAUUGUUUGACUUGAGAGGACAAAGAGUUUUUUAUUACUACACGGAGCUUUCGAUGAUAUCGAGAAAUAAAUGCUCAAAAGGGAUUUCAAUUGCCAUGUCUUGGUUCGUCUUGUUCUUGAGAAGGACUUGGAU